AUGGACAAUUACCCUCAGGCGCUGAGGGCGGCGGCGCCGGAUUACGCCAACGCGUGGGUCGACGGCGGGUACGUCACGGAGAAGGACGCCGACGCGGCGGCGACGCGCGCGAUCCUCGCGCUGGAGGACUUCUACGAGCGCGUCCGCGCGGAGGUGGCGGAGGAGGUGCACCGCGCGAUCGAGAUCUUCCCCAAGCCGGUCACCGCGUUGACGCCUCUCGUGCGGCGAGUGAUGGAGCAGCGGGCGCGGGGCGCGUUGGACGCGCUGUUGCCGCCGGCGCCGGCGCCGCCGCGCGCGCCGUCGCGCGCGGGCGGCGGCGCGAUGCACGCGGGGUCGCCGACGAGGUUGAACCGCGAGACGCGGCGGGCGCUCGAGGCGGAGCUGAUGGCGAGGAGCGGGAGCGGGAGCGACGCCGCCGCGGUCUCGGGGACGGGGACGGGGACGGGGACGGGGACGGGGACGGGGACGGGCGGCGGCGCGGCGGCGGAGACGCCGAGUCGGAAGACGCCGCGCGCGGCGAGCGGCGUCGGCGUCGGCGUCGGAGAGAAGGCUGGCGAGGUGGCUGAGACGCCGGCGCCGGGCGCGGCGGAGGCGCGCGACGACGCGGCGGCGACUUCGACUUCGAACGCGACGACGACAGCCGCCGCCGCCGCCGCCGCCGCCGCGAGGAUCGACCCUCCGUCCGCGAUGAUGCCCCCGCCCCCGCCCCCCAGCGCGUCGCCGCCGCCGAAGCGCGCGCGCGAGGGCGUCCCCCCCGGCCCCGGACACUUCGCGCUCCUGGCGCACCUCCGCGUGCUCUGCGGCGCCGUCAAGGCGACGCGCGCGCUCGGUCUCGCCGUGACGGACCUCGUCGAAGGCGUCGUCGACGGCUCGGAGGCGGCGCACGGGCUCUUCAGCGAGCGACGCGACGAAUACGCGGAGUUGGAGCGGUCGUGCGUGGGAGGGCUCGCGUCCGCGGCGGCCGCGGAGGGCGCGACGCCGGACGACGCCGGGGGCAAGAUCCCCGGUAUGGACCGCCUCGUGCGCUGGCACGCGGAGGCGACGGAGCGCUGCGCGGUGGUGCUCGCGCCCGCGCCGCCGCCGCCGCCGCCGCCGCGGAGGAGCAAAAAGACGGGGAAAAUACUCGUGACGUCCCCGAUGAAGCGCGCGGCCGACCGCGCGCGAUUGCGGACGAGCCGGCUGGGGGGCGGCGCGUCGCCGAGGUCAACAGACGGCGCGUCCGACCGCGCGCGGUCGUCGGACGAAUCCGAGUCGGACGCCGACGACGCGGACGACGACUCGGACUCGGACGACGCGCCGCCCGUCUCUUACGUCAAAAAACUCGGGCUGGAUAACCUCGACGCGAAGGACUUCAUCCGUCACGGGUUCGUCCUCCCCGGGUACCUCCCCGACGGCACGCGCAAGCCGGACGCGCCGUGGGCGGACUGGGACGGUCUCGACGCCGAGUUCUCGAACGCACCGGACCCGGGCGUUUCGGGAAACGCGCCGGGGCUCAGGGACGCGGCGGCGACGGCGCGCGCCAUCGCGUCCGCGACGUCCGUCGCGUCUAUCGCCACCGCGGAGAAGUCUGUGACGUCCGCGGCGAUCCGCGAGGCGUCGCGCCUCGCCGUGAGCGCGAUCGACGCCGCCGUGGAGACGUGCGAGCGGCAGUCCGGGCGGAUGACUGGGAAGACGUCGCCGACGGACGUCGCCGUCGGAAGCGUCGGCGUCGUCCUCCGAGCCGUCGGCGCGACGAGGGAAGCGGUGAACGCGAUGCGCGAGCACGUGCUGCGCGCGCGCGACGCGCUCCUCGCGCGCGUGGAACCGCCGUACACGAGCGCGAGGAGCGCGAACUCGAGGGAAGGCGGCAAAGGCGGAAACGGCGGCGGGAUCGAGGCGUGCUCGUCCGCGGCGGCGGCGGCGGCGGUGCGCGACGCGUGCGAGACGUUCGCCGAGGCGUUUGAAACGUUUGAACGCGACGCCGGCGAAAAGGUUGUCGCCGCGUUGCAACGCGGCCUGAAGUCGCUGUUCUACGUCCUCGAGCAGAAGGUCCUCGCGUCGACGCAGCGACGCGCGGAGUUCUUGCCGUGCGAGGACGAGCUCGGGAUGCCCGGCGGCCCGAAAUUCCCCGGGCAGGAGCCGUCGGACGCGUGCGUCGCCGUCGUCUCGACGUUGAAAAAAGUCCGCGCGAUUCUCCUCUCGCACGUCGCGCACGACGGCGUAGACGCGGACGCGACCGACCCGAACGUCCGGCAGUUCGUCAACGAGCUCGCGCGCAAGCUGCGCGCGUCCGUGACCGCGCACGCGCAGCGGUUCACGUACAGCAUGACGGGCGCGAUGCAGAUCAAGAGGGACUUGGGCGAGUACGAGGCGUUCGUGAUCGACGCCGGGUGCGACUCGAGGGCGCAGCUGUCGGAGUGGCGUCGGACGUUGGAACUCAGCGGCGCGCUCGUCAUUCCCCCGGACGCGCUCCCCGGGAUGUUGGCGGAGGUCACGAGGGAGGCGACGGAGGACGCGAAGGCGGCGGAGGCGGAGGAGGCGGCGGCGUGGGCGGCGAAGAACGGCGGGCGCGGGGAGGAGGAGGAGGACGCGAGAAUUCCGCCGGAAUUCCGCCGGAAUUUCGACGGAGACGGAGGCGGAGACUUCCGCGGCGCGCGGCCGGCGCCGGAGCCGAGGCCGGAGCCCGGGUGGCUCGUCAAGGCGCACGUGGAUCGGGUCGUCGGGGAGUUCAUACGCGUCGCGCAACGGAGGGCGGAUUAUCAUCCGUCGAUGUUGUCGCUCGCGCGUCAGAAAGCCGCAUCAGAGGCGACCGGCGCGGGAACGUAGAAAGACUGGAAGAGACGGAAUCGAAAUUGAAAAG